UCAUAAUUUAAUAUUUGUAACCUCUCUGAGAAUAUAUCUACGUAAUUUCAAUAUUUCUUUCGAUUAAUAUUCAGCGUUGUACGACGAUUUUCCUCAGUCUUUGUCGACAUGCAUUUCAAUUGAAUAGUCGAAUUGAAAACAGAACGCUCACAUGGAUCAUCCCAGUAAUCUUCGCGAUUAUUCCGCUCUAAGGAACGAGAAAUUCGAUGAGGAAAGGGUGUCGACACCAACUUCAACGGAACAGAUCAAAACAGAGCGACUGAUUAGCCGUUGCUUUGAGCGACUGGAACAGUUGAUUUGCCUGGAACCGACACUACCGCAGAUCCAUCGAAAUGAACACAUUCGGUUCCUGGAAUCGGGCAUCCGACACCUUAGCACAGCGUACGAGUGUUUGGACAGUAGUCGGCCGUGGAUAGUGUAUUGGAUUUUGAAUGCGGCCCAUUUACUCAAUCACAGUUUCAGUGAGGUGCUGCUCGACCAAAUUGUUGAUUUUUUGGUCAAAUGUCGAUCGCCGGAUGGUGGUUUUGGCGGUGGUCCUGGUCAGGCUCCACAUCUAGCACCAACUUACGCAGCUGUUAACAGUCUGUGUAUUAUCGGAACCGAAAAGGCGUACAAAGCACUUGAUAGGCCGAGCUUAAAGAAGUUCUUAAUCAGUGUUCAUGAACCGAACGGAGCGUUUCGCAUGCAUGUCGGUGGCGAAAUUGAUGUGCGUGGCUGUUACUGUGCAAUAACUGCAGCAAAAUUAGCAAACUUUUCAAAGAGAGACAUAGACGAGAUCUUCGAAAAUACCGUCGAAUGGAUAGUCAGUUGCCAGACGUAUGAAGGUGGUAUCGGUGGUGCACCCGAUCUCGAAGCACACGGUGGCUACGCAUUCUGUGGAAUUGCCGCACUAACAUUGCUCGGAUCGACUGGAAAGUUAAAUCUAAAAUCGUUACUGAAAUGGGCCGUGAAUCGCCAGAUGCGUUAUGAAGGCGGAUUUCAAGGUCGAACGAAUAAAUUGGUUGACGGUUGUUACAGUUUCUGGCAGGGUGCAUCCAUACCAAUUAUCCAAGUCCUCCUGCAAAUAAACGAGCCGUUCCUGGGCGAUCUAAUUGAACGACCGAUUUUCGAUAGACGUGCUCUCCAAGAAUAUGUUUUAAUUUGUUGUCAACGACCCGAAGGUGGCCUUUUAGACAAGCCUGGCAAGCCGCCAGACUUCUAUCACACGUGUUAUACGCUGAGCGGUGUGUCCAUAUCGCAGCACUGUAAAAUUGAUAUGUUUCCAUUCGUCAUUGGACCGCCGGAAAACGAAGUGAUGCCCACACAUCCGAUCUACAAUAUACCGCCGUUGGCAGCGUGGAAAGUGUUCACAUACUUUCAGAAGAACACCGACGACAUGUACGAAUCGGAACACAACAGUUGUAACAUAGACGACAGCGAAGGUGAUGAAUUUGUUCGUAGCGAGAGUCAACCGACUGAAACGGAUGAAAGUUUUGAAAUUGUUGACGACUGACGACUGUCGUUUAACAUUUCAUUUGUCUUUACAGACUUUAGUUGGUAGAGCCUUUGAAUUUUUAAUCAUUUUUAAUAAAGAAUCGCGGAUUUCACUUC